ACUAAGAGCCAAUACCGCUCAGUUUACAUUCACUGCACGAUUAUCCCUCCCCUUCAACCAAACUCGUCAUUCAUUUGUCACUUUUCAUUUCAUUUUAUGCUAUUUAAACCUUGUUUGUAGACACACUUAUCUUCCGAAUCCAGUGUUCCAAGUUCAAAGAUGGGUUUUGCUAAGAAGGAGUUUGAGUUUCUGAGUGAGAUCGGAUUAAGUUAUGAGAAUCUGGGCUGUUUUGUGGGUGGCACGUGGAAGGCACAUGGCCCUGUGGUCUCCUCAGUGAAUCCUACUAACAAUCAGACAAUUGCUAAUGUUACGGAGGCUUCAAUUGAUGAUUAUGAGGAAGGAAUGAAAGCCUGCAGUGAAGCGGCUAAGAUAUGGAUGACUGUUACUGCCCCAAAGAGAGGGGAAAUUGUUAGACAGAUAGGUGAUGCAUUGAGAGAGAAACUCCAUCAACUCGGCCAUCUUGUCUCACUUGAGAUGGGAAAAAUUCUUGCAGAAGGAGUUGGAGAAGUUCAAGAAAUCAUUGACAUGUGUGAUUUUGCUGUGGGUUUAAGUCGGCAACUUAAUGGAUUGGUUAUUCCUUCAGAACGUCCUAAUCAUAUGAUGUUAGAGAUGUGGAAUCCUCUGGGAAUAGUUGGUGUAAUUACAGCAUUUAACUUCCCAUGUGCUGUUCUUGGAUGGAAUGCUUGCAAUGCGCUUGUAUGUGGCAAUUGUGUUGUUUGGAAGGGUGCUCCAACAACUCCUUUGAUCACUAUAGCAAUAACUAAGCUUGUGGCUGAGGUUUUAGAGAAGAACAAGUUACCAGGGGCAAUUUUUACUGCCUUUUGUGGUGGUGCUGAAAUUGGCCAAGCCAUUGCGAAAGAUACACGAAUUCCUCUUGUUUCAUUUACUGGGAGUACAAAGGUGGGUUUAAUGGUGCAAAGAACAGUAAAUGAGAGAUUUGGUAAAUGUUUGCUUGAAUUAAGUGGAAACAAUGCUAUAAUUGUCAUGGAUGACGCUGACAUCAAGCUUGCUGUUCGUUCCAUUCUGUUUGCUGCUGUCGGCACAGCUGGUCAGCGCUGCACAACUUGCCGUAGGCUGAUUCUUCAUGAAAGUAUAUAUCAAACAGUAUUGGAUCAGCUAGUCAAGCUCUACCAACAAGUUAAGGUAGGAGAUCCGUUAGAAAAAGGUACCUUGCUCGGGCCAUUGCAUACGCCUACAUCAAGGCAGAACUUUGAGAAAGGAAUAGAGAAAAUAAAAGCUCAGGGAGGGAAGAUUCUUACUGGAGGUACAGUUAUAGAGUCCGAGGGAAACUUUGUUCAGCCCACAAUAGUUGAGAUUUCUCCAAAAUCAGAUGUUGUUAAAGAAGAGCUGUUUGCUCCUGUUCUAUAUGUCAUGAAAUUUAAGAGUUUUGAAGAAGCUGUUGAAAUAAAUAAUUCAGUACCCCAAGGUUUAAGUAGUUCUAUCUUCACCCGGAAGCCUGACCUUAUUUUUAAGUGGUUAGGAUGUCAGGUUCCUGCAUACUGCAUGCAUGGUGCUCUGUCCACUGCAUGCAUGGCUCUCUACAUCCUCCCUGCAUGUCUGCCCAACUGCAAAGCCUGCUACAUCCUCCUUACAUGUCUGCUCAGCUGCAAAGCCUGUUGCAUGGUGCCUGCAUGCCUGCCGAGCCUUCUGCAAAUUGGCUGUAUGCUGGGUUGGCUGGAAAGUCUGCUACACAUAGGGCUACAUCACUACCCUGCUAGCGUGUGGCAGGCUCAUGUCGCUAUCUGCUGUAAGAUGGCUUGACCAAGUGGGUUGUGCUAGAACAUAAGUUUGGUUGGGCUUUUGGCUGCUUGAAUGAAGCUGACCCAAGUGUGGGAAUUGGACUGAAUGAACCUCCAUUGGGCUGGUGUGAAAAAAUGGGUUGUGACACCCUCCCCCACUCAAUCCCGCAAUGCUCUCAUUGCGUUGGUUUAGCCCUCAAUGGAAUUCUUCAAUCUUGUCUUGAAAUUGCCAUAGGUUAAGUUCCGAUUCCCAACUUGCUUCAGCAUCCAAAAGUCUCUUCCAUUUGAUUAAGUACUCACAGGCUUAGGACACUUAUCCUCAAUCCAACGGUCAAUUCUAUUAUAAAUAUAUGUUUUGGGUUUCCAAAGAGGAGAGGAAGAAAAUAUAUUAGGGUUUUGUUCGAGGGCAGCCAUCCUUGGUUGAUUGUAAGAGGUCUCCGGCGCCUUGAACGACCGAAAGAUGGGAGGCCCCAAACUCCUCGAAUUGUUCGGUCUAUCAUUGUAAUGUUUUGGUUAAUGAAAUAGUUUUAGUUUAUUAUGUUUUUGGUGUUUUGGUUUAAUAAGAGUUUGGUUCCUAACAAAAUGGUAUCAAAACAUUUGAUCUAGUGGGGAAGGUAGAUGAUGGUUGAAAAACAUAAUAAAAAUUGCCAUAGGUCAAGUUCCGAUUCCCAACUUGCUUCAGCAUCCGAAAGUCUCUUCCAUUUGAUUAAGUACUCACAGGCUUAGGACCCUUAUCCUCAAUCCAAUGGUCAAUUUCUAUUAUAAAUAUAUGUUUUGGGUUUCCAAAGAGGAGAGAAAGAAAAUAUAUUAGGGUUUUGUUUGAGGGCAGCCAUCCUUAGUUGAUUGUAAGAGGUUUACGACGCCUCGAACGACCGAAAGAUGGGAGGCCCCAAACUCCUCGAAUUGUUCGGUCUAUCAUUGUAAUGUUUUGGUUAAUGAAAUAGUUUUAGUUUAUUAUGUUUUUGGUUUAAUAAGAGUUGGGUUCCUAACAAAAUGGUAUCAAAGCAUUUGAUCUAGCAAGGAAGGUAGAUGAUGGUUGAAAAAGUAAAGAGUCACCGGAAAAUGUUCACAAAGGAGGCUAACUUGAAAAAGAAUCAUCACAGGGAGAAAUGAGUCGGUGGCUACAUGUUGAAAAAGUGCCAAGAAGAAAAGAAUAGAAGAAGAAAACGAAAAUAGAAAAAGGAGAUGAAAACGGAAUGUCGGCAAAAGUCUGAAAAAAAAAUUACAGAAGGCAGAAAGGAGAAAACACAGAGAAGAAAGAAAAAGAGAAAAAGACAAGGAGAAGGAAAGAGAAAUGAGAGAGAAAAAAAAUUUAAAAAAAAAAGGUAGAGGGUAAUAGCGGUUGGUUUGUUGGAAAAAGAGAAAGAGAACUGUGGUUGUGACUUGUUGGGAAAGCAAAAAGAGAAGACAGAAGUUUUCUUAGGAAGAGAAAACGUAACAAAAAGAGAAGACAAAAACUUUCUUAGGAAGAGAAAAAGAAAAGAUAUGGCGCCAUUUGGAAAAAAAAAGUAGCUGAGAGAGAAGGGGUAGGUAGAUAAAAAAAUAAUGGUAAUAAUAAUAAUAAAUUAAUUAAAAAAAUCAGAAAAGGAAAAUUAAAAAAAAUCAUUUUAUAAAUUACCAUCUUGAGAACAAGAUGGUUUUGAAAGGGAGGGGAAUGUUAGGAUUGAGACAUUUGUCCUCAAUCCAAUAGUCAAUUUUUUUAAUUAUAAAUAUAUGUUUUGGAUUUUAAAAGAGGGGAGAAAGAAAAUAUAUUAGAGUUUUGUUUGAGGGCAGCCAUCCUUGGCUAAUUGUGGGAGGUCUCCGACGCCUCGAAUGAUCAGAAAAUGGGAGGCCACGAACUCCUCGAAUUGUUUGGUUUAUCAUUGUAAUGUUUUGGUUAAUAAAAUAGUUUUAGUUUAUUAUGUUUUUUGUAUUUUAAUUUUGUGUUUUGAUUGAAUAAGAGUUGGGUUCCUAAUAAAAUGGUAUCAAAGCAUUCGAUCUAGCGGGGAAGACAGAUGAUGGUCGAAAAAGUAAAGAGUCAUCGGAAAAUGUUCACGGAGGAGGCUGACUUGAAGAAGAAUCAUCACAAGAAGAAAUGAGUCAAUGGCUACAUGCUAGAAAAGUGCCAAGAAGAAAAAGAA